CCUUCGAAAUCAGUAGGGUUUUGGCUGCGCGUAGCUGUCGACCUGCACGAAUCCUCGACGCAAGUUUAUCUUCCGAUUCUUUUAGUUUUCGGAAACUGAUGCAUGCAAUCAAUCGAUGAACUGUUUUCCCUUAUUUGGUGUCAAGGAUGGCUUUUGCAAAUAGAAUUGGUAAGCUCUUGAAGAAAUCUGUAACUUCCAGUCCAUUAUUUCAAGCAGCAAGGUGGAUGUCAUCCUCAAAAGUUUUCAUUGGAGGACUUUCAUAUGGCACGGAUGAUCAAAGUCUGAGAGAAGCAUUUACUAGUUUUGGUGAAGUGGUUGAAGCUCGAGUUAUCAUGGACAGGGAAACUGGACGGUCCAGGGGGUUUGGAUUUGUGACAUUUACUUCUAGCGAAGAAGCCUCUGCUGCCAUUAGUGGCAUGGAUGGAAAGGACGUUCAUGGCCGGAUGGUUAGAGUUAACUAUGCUACUGAUCGAACGGGUGGAUUUCGUGGUAAUGGUGGUGGUUUUGGAGGCGGCUAUGGUGGUGGUGCUGCUGGAGGUGGUUAUGCUGGUGGAGACAGCUACAAUGGCGGCGGCUAUGGUGGCGGUGCUGCUGGAGGUGGCUAUGGUGGCAGUUAUGGUGGUGGUGCUGCUGGAGGUGGCUAUGCUGGUGGAGGCAGCUACAACGGUGGCGGUGCAAAUCCUUACGGAGGUGGCAAUUUUGAUGUUACCGGAGGUGAAAACAGAUAUGGUAGCGACAAUGGUGGAGGAUUUGGUGGUGCCUCCGAUGAUGAGCAGCGUAAUGACUAUGCCAACAGGGCUAAUUAGAUGAACUUGGUUUCGGAUUCUCUAGAUAUAUCAGAGAUUAUUUAGUAUGGUCUUCCUUAUAUGAUUAUCAUUGUCGAUUAUCAAGCGUGGACUAUGAACAGCAUAAACCUUAUUAUUCUGGCAGUCAGGUUUAAUGCGACUGUAA